AUGGGCCUGUCGUUCGGCUAUUCGGACGCGCACGAUCCGCCGUAUCCCGACGACAUGGACGCCGCGAGGCUGCGCAUCAAGACGGCCCUGGAUGCAGCUGGGGUUGCUUUCCUAUGCGGCUGGAACGACUUCACUAUCAGCGUUGAGGAUAGGGUGAACAAGCUUAUGGGCGAUGGCGUUAAAGUGCUCUCAGGUGUCGGCGAGGAGGGCGCAGCUAUAGGGCGCAAAAUCACCGGAAGAGAAAUGCCCGUAUAA